GCCAAUCGCGGCCUCGAGCUAGCGGCCGGAGCCGUUCCCGGACGGGCACCCCCGGCGCUCCGCGGUCGUGUCUGGACUGAGCGCCGCGACGCGGCUGCCGGCCCCGAAAUCCUCCAGGAUCUUCAGGCGUAUGGAACCUCAAGAUCUUUAUGAUAAUGGAAACCAAAAAGUUGAUUGGUAAACCACUUCAACCAGCAAGACCUGUUCGUCAUCUGAGUUCUCCCCCUGGAGCAGUAUUCCCUUUCAACUUUCAGAAUGAAUAUCCAUGCAACACCCAGUACUUACAAAGUGGAGUUAGCAGAUGUAAGACGAAUGGAAUGCAAGCCUUUUCUCAAGGUCUUAAUGAACAACAACAUCAUUCUCCAGUUAAAAAAGAGAGAAUCAAAUACAGCAGAGAUUUCCUGUUGAAGCUCUCAAGUGUUUCCAUCUGCAGAAAAAAACCAGACUUUCUGCCUGAUCACCCCAUUGUACUUCAAAAACCAGAAAACAACCAAAGCUUUAAGUAGCAUUUUAAGAACAUAUGUAUUUGAAGAUAAAGAAUUAUUCAUUUUCUAUUUUGGACACCUGCAAAUGAAGUGGAUCUAGUAACAAUAACUGUAAUGACUGUGCCAAUUCAAUUUAUUUUUAAUUUCAAUGGUUGGGUAUUUGGUUUCUCCUAAAAUGAGAAAGAGAUUUAAACCUUAAAAAUUUUCUAAUCAGUUUCAGCUUUGUAGGCAGUUUCCUGCAUAAAUUGGGAAGUAACACUGAAAAGUAAGAAUUUGGUUAGUGAAAUGGGAAGACUGUGUAUUUAUAAUUUGAAUGCUACUUGCAAUUUUUUGUUUUUCAUCACUUGUAAUAAUGGAAUGGAAAUGUAAGCUGUAAAGAUUCACAAAUAUAAAGUAUUUGCUA